UGCAUCGGCAUGAUUGCGUGCGGUGUGCGUGAUUGGACGCCAUUAUGUAUUGGAUUCAUGAGGCAUUACGCAGGUCAAUGAAAUUAAAGGUAUGAGUGAGAUGGAAGACGCGCGGGCGAGCACGCAGAGGCGCCUCUAUCUUCUGCAGGGGGAGCUCCAGAAGAUGGCCAAGGAUGUGCCACGCCGCUUUCAGCAGCGCCUGACGCUGGAGCUGCUCUCGGGGCUGGCCAACGCCAUGCUGGACGGCACCGUGUUCCAGAUCGUCGAGAACCUGACCGAGAUCCAGCACGUGACCGAGAAGCGGGCGUUCCAGAUGCGCCAGCAGCUAGCGGCCGACCACAACGGUGGGUGA